GUUUGUUCAUGUGUUGCAGAAAACUGGAGCCAGAAUAAAGAUUUAUUCCAAUUGCUGUCCACGCAGCACAGAUCGUCUCAUCAGCAUUUGCGGAAAACCAAAUACAUGCAUAGAGUGCAUUCGCCAACUUAUAUCAACAAUUAAAACUUCCCCAUUGAAAGGAGUGAACAAUCCUUACGAUCCUCACAACUUCGACGAUUAUUAUGCAGAUGAGUACGGAGGUUAUGGAUGUGGAGAUGGUACGCCAAAAUCAGGCCCUUAUAGCGUUCAAGCUGCAUUUAUAUUUUGCAAAGAGAGAGGAGAUGUUCCAUCAAGCACUACAGUGUUUGGUCCACCUAGACCAAAUCGCAAUCGAAUGAAUCACAACUAUCCGCAUUCAUCAAGGGGCGGUCCUCGUGGAAGUGGCGGUGGAAGUGGUGGCGGAGGUGGUGGCGGUAUGUCAAGGGGUGGCCCGAUGGAUCGUGGAUAUGGUGGUGGUAAUUCAAGAUCUGAUGGAGGAGGUGGUAGUGGUUCUGGUAACAGCAGUGGUUAUGAAGGGGGAAGGAACGCUGGCUCUGUACCUGGCUACGCAGGUGGUAGCAGGGCUGGUGGUGGUGGCCCACCACCUUAUAAUAACUCUGGAGACGGUUGGGGUAUGCAAGGUGGUGGCGGAGGUAGCGGUGGCGGUGGUGCUGGUGGAAACGGUUUAAUUAGUCAAGCAUUAUUGAACAGUGAUAUCGGUGGAAACAAUCCGGGUAACAUGAGCUCUGUUAAUCUUGGAAAUAAGACUAGUACUCAAGUCACAAUCCCUAAGGACCUCGCAGGCGCAAUUAUUGGUAAAGGAGGUGGAAGAAUUAGAAAAAUUCGAGCGGACAGUGGCGCUGCUAUUACCAUCGACGAGGCAUUACGUGGUAGUAAUGACCGUAUUAUUACGAUAAUCGGCUUACCCAGUCAAAUACAGAUGGCCCAAUAUCUUCUGCAACAAAGCGUACAUGAGAAUGCAGAUAUCUUCUAAAGAAGAUAAGAAGAAAAGAAAAAAAAAAACAAAGAAAGAUAGGA